AUGGACGCAAGCACAAAGACAAAGAAGGGAGCCGGAGGAAGGAAAGGAGGAGGACCAAGGAAGAAGUCCGUGACCAGAUCUGUUAGAGCUGGACUUCAAUUUCCAGUCAGUAGAAUCGGUCGGUUCUUGAAGAAAGGUAGAUAUGCUCAACGUGUUGGUACCGGAGCUCCUGUUUACCUGGCUGCAGUUCUCGAAUAUCUUGCUGCUGAGGUUCUUGAGUUGGCUGGGAAUGCAGCACGUGACAACAAGAAGAAUAGGAUCAGCCCAAGACAUUUGUUGUUGGCUGUGAGGAACGACGAAGAACUUGGAAAAUUGCUUGCUGGUGUUACCAUUGCUCAUGGUGGUGUUCUUCCCAACAUUAACCCGGUGCUUUUGCCUAAGAGGAGUGAAAAUGCUGCUGCUAGUACUCCCAAGUCUCCAUCCAAGAAGGCUGGCAAAUCUCCAAAGAAGGCUUAA